AGACCCACACACGCCCGUGCCCGCGCCUGAGGAAGUGCUGUAAUAACACCAUUGUGUGUUUUGAGGAGCGGAGCAGCAAAAAACGGAGAAAAUGAGCGAAAAUUCACCGCGAUAGAUCCAGUACAGCCCGUCCCUGACAGAUUAGGUGCCAAUAACGACAUCACCAUCACCAUGUCUUGCCGUGACAUCCACGCCACUAACGCGUUUGCGUUCAUCGUUGCCUUGCUCUCAGUGGGAGCUUUAUCCGUUGCCACAGUGAUUCCACAAUGGAGGACCAUGCGUCUGCUCACCUUCAACCGCAAUGCCAAGAACGUUACUGUGUACGACGGACUGUGGACCAAAUGUGUUCGGCGAGAGGGAUACACUGGGUGCUACUAUUUUGACGCUGACUGGUACUCUAAAGUAGAUCAGCUGGAUGUCCGGCUGUUGCAGUUCUGCUUACCAACAGCUUUGUUCUUCUCCAGCCUGGCUCUGCUAAUCAGUCUGACAGGCAUGUUCAAGACAGCGUGCUGUUCCAAAACCCCAGAUGACAUCAAGACUAGCCGCUGCCUGGUCAACAGCUCGGGCUGCCACCUGGUGGCCGGGAUGUUCCUUUUCUUGGCCGGGGCCAUCGCCAUGCCACCGUCCAUCUGGUUCCUCUUCCACACCAAGGACCUGAACGCGCGCUACGACAACCUGUUUGCUGUGGAGUUUGCUGUGUAUGUAUCAAUUGGCGGUGCUGGUGGACUCAUCUUUUCUGCCCUUCUGACUUUCAUGUGGUACUGCAUGUGUAAGAAGCUGCCUUCACCGUUCUGGCUGCCUCUGCCAGAACCACCGAGCAUGACCAACAGCCUGUCAGCACAGCCACUAAUAACCAAUGGCCUCCCUUCGCCUGUUACCUACGCGCCUCAGCCCUUCCCCCCUGCUGUUCUGGAUGCGCCAGCCUUCGUUCCAGCGCAGGGAUAUGCCCAGACCAUGCCUAGCCAGCCAGUGCCUCCCCAGGUUUACAUGGCCCAGAUGUCAAUCCCUGAUGGAUAUGGAUCUGAAGCUGUCUCACAGGCUUAUGGCUAUGCUCCCUCGCAAAGCUAUGCCCCCUCACAUGCUCCUUCACAAGGCUACGCUGCUUCACAUGCUCCUUCACAAGGCUACGCUGCUUCACACGCUCCCUCACAAGGAUACGCUCCCUCACAGCGCUAUGCUGGACAGCGCUACUCCACAAGAUCACGAAUGUCUGGAAUCGAAAUUGACAUCCCUGUUCUUACAGAGUGAAAUAACAGGGUAACUAUAUGGAGUAUGGACAAAGAGAGGUGGGCAGUAUGACAAAUAUAAUAUAAUUAUCACAAUGAAUUAAAUCAUGAUAAACUGAUCUUAAUCAUCUUAAUAUUGUUAGUAAAUCAAAUUUGCAUCAUUUUCCCCACUUAACCUUAAAGCAGUCAAAUCAGGCCUGUCUAAAUAUAGUGUCUAAAUGUUGCUUAUUAGUCAAUAGUUAUCCAAAAUGUUUUACACCAUAAAUACAUAAAUACAUAAAGAUAUUUUAAUAGCUAUGGUUGGUUUCCUCCGGUCCAGAUGGGUUUAAUAGUUUGUAACACUGAAACAUUUUCCCCUUGGUAUAGUUUGCUUUUUUUACAUGGGGUAAAAUUCAAGUGCAUCAAAAUGCAACACACCAAUAAACUGCUCCAGUGUUCAUUUGGGACCGGACCAAGACCACCUCCUCUCACAUGUCUUUCAGUCCACAUCCUAGUACAAUUACUACAUUUGUCUUCCUAAACUAAUGACACUACAAAGGAAACAAACCAGAGUCUGAUUUAACUGGAUUAAGAAGCGAAGGUGUGAAAAUGCCCUCAAUCUGCUUUAAUCGCAUCCAGGUCUUCAUUAAGGGUCAUUAAGACUUGUCAAAGUGGUUUAGGGCACCGCAUGUCAAAGUAUGACUGAAGUCAACCAUUUUAGACAGCAUUUGAGCAUUUGUUCUGCCCAAAUUCUGACUUCUAUUACAUACAUGGCAUACAGCCAUACAGCCACCACAGAUAAUUAAGCAAUAGUACAUGAGAGGGAGUGCUAUAAUGUGUAAUUAUCUCAGUGCUAAUAUUACACAUUAUAGCACAAACCUAGAGUGUAUUAUUGUGACUAUACCACAGUUCCGUUAUCGCUGUUUAUUGAAAGAUUUUGAAUUAAAGAGGAUGAGAAAAUAUAUUUGAUAUGAUAUGUUUGGUUAAAAACACUUAGCGAGUUAAAAUAGUUCCAUUGCUGUUCUAUUUGUAGCAGCACUGUUUGGCUUGUAAGCGCUGCAUCGUUGCUAGGUUACCUGUAUGUGUCGGAGUAAUACAUGGAGAGCUUCGGUUACAGUGCAUUACCGGCUGAUAAUGGUACUCAUAGAACACCUCUCAGCCAAUCACGUAACCAGGUCGGAACUAACUGUGGUAUAAUGUAUAAUAAGGUGUAUGUUUGUUAAUUGUAACUACACAUAUUGUCUGAAUCUGUGUGAAGUUUAGUUCAUUUUUACAGUUUACAGAAAUAGAAAACAGAUGAAAUCAUAUUUUUGCCAUACUGCCCACCCCUAUUAUGCUCUGAAGGUGUCCGGACACCAUGCUGUAUAUAAGAGGCUGCCCUCAUUUUCUGGAAGUCUGGGGACUCCUUUGUUUAGAGGGACGGAGCUCCCUGACAUUUGUAGCUUGAAUUUCUUUUUUUCUGUGGUUUACUGAAGAAAAUACAGUGGCUUGUAAUAUUAUUCAUACCUCUUGAACUUUUUUCACAUUUUGUCAUCUUACAACCACAAACUUAAAUGUAUUUUAUUUAAAUUUUAAAUGAUAGACAAACAAAAAGUAUUGCAUAAGUGUAAAGUGGACUGAAAGAGAUGCAUGGUUUUUAAUUCUUUUUAUUAAAUAAAAGUCUGAAAAGUGAGACAUGCUCACUUUGUGAUGCUUAACGUCCUCUUAGGAUGCCUAAAGAUUGGGAUAUGUUUAAAAAUUAACCCUGUUUUAAACUUCUCCACAACUUUAUCUCUGACCUGUCUGGUGAGUUCCUUGGUCUUCAUGAUGCUGUUUGUUUACUAGUGUUCUCUAACAAACCACUGAGGUCCAUACUGAACAGCUGUAUUUAUACUGAGACUAACUUACACACAGCUGCAUUCUAUUAACUUAUUCAGUGACUUCUGAAGGCAAUUGACUGCACUGGAUUUUAUUUAGGGGAGUUUCAGAGUAAAGGGGGGUGAAUACUUUUGCACAUCACACUUUUCAGAUUUUUAUUUGACAAAAAGUUUGAAUAUAAUGUAUCAUUUUCAUUUCACUUCACAGUGAUGUGCUACUUUGUGUUGGUGUAUCACUUAAAAUCGCUGUAAAACACAUUUAAGUUUGUGGAGGUAAGGUGACAAAAUGUGAAAAGGUUCAAGGGGUAUGAAUACUUUUGCAAGCCAUUGUAAGCAAUGCCUUCCUUCUAUUAACACUGAAACACUGUAAACGGUCACAAGCACAGACAGAUUCACUGGAACAAAACUGUCGAUUGCUUUACUAAAUACAACACUAUAUUGCACUUAACUCGCUCACACUGAUGAAUCACAUAUCUACUGAUUUUAACACUAUUACAAGAACACUGACACUAACAUGCUCUGUUUUCCUAACACUCGAUGAACAGAACACUACUCAUAUUGUUAUAAUGCCUCAUUUUAGUGCUGAUGCCAUGAUGUCACUAUAUGCCUUUUGUUUUGUAUUGUUUUUUUUUUUUUAAGUAGCGUUCAGUGAAGCAGUUGUUACGCUGCCAUUGUUACAGUGUGUGUUGGGCAGUGGAGGAAGGGAUAGCUGGUAUUGUGUUUCUGAAGGGCAGUGUUCUUUAGGCUACAUUAGCUUUUUGUGAUCUGAACACGUUAUAAAAAUUGUACAUUUCUAAGUUUAAUCUACAAAGAGUCUUCUGUUAUAACACAUGAUCAUGGAUGGAAUCAUAGUAUCACUUUGAACUAAGGCAGCUUUUAUUAGAAUUAAAGGAUAAUGUUUUUCUUAACACUCAACAAUUUCCCAGAAUCCUCUCGAGAAAUAUUUGCCCACAUCUUUAAACCUGCUUUAAUCACAGCAUGCGGCCAGAUGAACAAAAGUGUCUUAAGAAUUAAAUUUUUUUUUCUUAACUUUUCUUCUUCUCCUUUUUUGGUACUCUCAAAAAAUAUGAUCUGAAAUAUUUUCAUAAUUUUAUGAUAAUUUUACAGGAGACUAUAGGGCUGUGCGAUAUUGUAAAAAAAAAAAUUUAAUAUACAAUUUUAAAUAUCAUAAGUGUCUAUUAUAAUUUAGAUUUGUUUGUAGUUGUUACAAAACUGAAUUUAUUCCAAUGUAUUCUGUUUUUUAAUAGUAAAUGUGCCUAAAUGUUCACAAACAGAACCAUUUGAAUAUGCAAAAUAUUGUUUUAUUUACAUUUGUUCAAGGAAGUCAAAAUCAUACAAACAUAUUACUAAACCUUGUAAGAACCCAUUACAAAACAAAGGUUUAAUUUACUCAUUUUUUUUCUUGACUAGCAAACAACAUUCAACAUUACAAGCAACUUCUAUAUUGAACAAAAUCAUACAAGCAUGGUGCAAAAUUACCUCCUUAUAUUUCAGUUAGGUGAGAGUAUAAAAUAUGAAAAUAACUGCCCUAUAAAUUAGUUCUUUACAGGUAUCUGAGAGAAGCUCAAUUUCCCUCUGGCAGCUUCUGUGUCUAAAAAUCUAUCAUCUUGAUUAUUCCAUUUUGAAAAUCAAAUUAAAACAGUUACUAAAUUGAUUAAAUUAAUUGAUUAAAUCUCUUAGGCUAUAAGUGUACAAAAGAUGUGCCUAAAUGUUUUAAAAAUGACUUAGUCAAUUUUAGUCUAAAUUAAUGUCUAAUUUAACAGGUAGAAAAAAGUGUAGUUUGUUGAAAUGCUGUUGGUGUCUACAUAAAAAUGAUUUCUAAUUUUUGAUUAAAAAUUGAAAAUGUUUCAAUUUGUAGUUGGAUUUUGUUUUCACAAAAAAAUGGAUGAAUUAAAAUGGAAUUUUAAACUGUUUAUGAUAAGCUCUGAAACACUGCAUACAAGACCAAUGUCCUGAAAAAAGAACACUUUCUUAAGAUCUAUUUUAUUUUAUUUUUUAGGAAAUCUGUUGUCUCAUAAAAUAAUUAUAUAUAAACAUUUCUGUAGAUGUCCUGUACAUGUCCUGUAGUUGUCCUGUACUAUGAAUGCUGCCCUUCAGAACAAAAAAAAAAUCAGAUUUAUCUGUUUUUUAAUGAAUAACGCACUGGUGUUAAGAUUUCUUUAAUGCAAUUAUGAAGGUUCUGAAAAAAGUGAAUUUUAAAUAAUGUUUUGCAAAAACUUUUAUGAUUUUUUUAUGUCUUAAAUUUUGAAACUGUGCUUUAUUUUGUAACUUUCUACUUUUUUGCCUUGAACAAAAUGUGCGGCCUAUUGUUUUCCUGUCUGUUCUGUUGCUCCUGAUUAACUUCUUAACUGCUUAAUUUGUGUGUUUUUGUGAGUGUAAUGUUUUGGUUGUUGCUCUUAAAGGGGAAACACAUCAGACAGAGGUAUAUUGAACACUUUUUAAGAGGGUCUGAAUGGUCGUUGUAAAGGUCAAGCAGGUUAGCUGUUACAUAUUUCAUUCCAUAAUUAAAAUGCCUUAUGGUGAUGUUUCUUAAAAAAACUGAUGUAAAAAUGCAAUACUAACUGGAUUUACUACUAACUUUUUAUUUACUAUGUUCAUACUACACACUCUUGUUGUGUUGUUUUGUAUGUCUCAGUAUAGAACACUGUCUAGAAUAUAAUAUUUAAUAAAAACAGAUUUCUUUA